AUGACACCCUUUUGGCGGAAAGCGUUGAUGUCGCUCGUGCUCGUUGUUUCGAACUUCUUGACGGGCGUCAUUAUAGUUCUGGUGAGUGGAAACUUUCAGUGACGCCCGGAAAAGGUAGAUUUCAGGUUUUCAAAAAGGCGUCCGCGUACGCCAAUACCGUUCAGUCCGGUUCGAACAUGACCACCGGGGGACUGUUCUUUGGCAUUGUAGCGAUCAUUCUCAUUCCCGAACUGAUGUGAGGAUUCUUUUUUGUUUUUGCACAACAAAUUGUUACUUUUACAGAGUGAUGGCGAAGCAGUUCACCAAAACUUACGACAUCGGACUCCCCGUCUUUCUCAUUGUUGGAUUUUUGAUCACCUUUGGCUUCCUCUCGAUGGUAAUUGUCGAUAUGGUUUCUAAGGUUAGGCUAAUACAAAACUAGAAGAAGUAUGCGACCUUUUACAGUUCCUGAAACCCAAACGAUCCGAACAUUCGCACACUCACGAGACAUCUCCCGCUGAAAUUCCAAUGGAGGACCGGUAAGAAUCAGAUGUUCUAUUAUUAAAUCAGCAGUAACGUUUUCAGUUUGGUGAAUGCCGAGCCAGCCGAGAAUGAACAGCCCAAGAAGCGAGGUGGACUGGUCAAAUACUGCAUCUUCGCCUGCCUCAUCUCGGUGCACAGCCUCGUUGAGGGAAUCCCACUUGGAAUCAAGGCGAGUACUUCAAACUGGAAAAUGAUAAUAAUGUGUUUUUCAGAACUUGAACAGUGAAAUCGACGCCUUCUUCUACCCUCUCCUCGUUCACAAAGUGCUCGAAGCGAUGUCUGUCGCCUGCGCCGGUGUCCGCCAGAAAAAAGUGAGAGUGAUCCCCCGAACCAUUAUUAUAGACUCACUAUUCUGUUUUUGCUUCAGUGGCACGCGCUCUUCGGAUCGUUUAUCCACGCCUGCAUGACCCCUCUCGGAAUUGCUGUUGGCCACUACUUCGGCAACAUGGAACCGUCGUUCUGGUCGGACUUGACCGUUUUGUGCUUGAUGGGAUUCUCGACGGGCACCAUCUUACACAUCGCCGUUGUGGAGGUUAGCUGAACGAUUCUUUCACAAAUAUGUACCUAUAAUCUCUAAAUUUCUAGAUCCUCAUUCCGGAAUUCAAGAACAGAGUUCUCCGCCCGUCCGUCAACGUCGUCCUAUUUCUUUCCGGAUUCACUCUGACCGCGAUCACCGCCUUCCUCGUUCACUACAUCGAAGGAAACUGA